AUGAUCAAAUUCAGGCUAUACCAAAAAUACCGGAACCAUUCAAUCAACGAGGAUGUACAUCUGCUCACAGAAAGAGAUUUCAUUGGAGCCUUGACAGCAUUGUCGAGUUCAGGGUAUCCAUUUUCGUCAAGUGAGAUAGAACAGUGUCUUGAUCGAAUGAGUCAAGGAUCAAGAACAUCGUGGAGCUGGGACCAGACGAGACCAAAAGAUAUCUGCGCUUUGCUGAAAUGGGCACAGAGAUCGCACGAGUACUAUUUGGGGUUUGGGCCUGGUCAUGAACAAGGUAUGGGUAACGGGAAUAGUGUUCUAGGCCUUGAUUCGAAGCUGAACACUCUUGCGGGUGAGCUCUUGACGCAGUUGCAGGUCAAAGCGGCUGCAGUCGAAGCUAAAAACGUCCUCGAGGCCUUGAGCUUUUGCGCUUCUGCGAACUCUAGACUGCAGAAUGUUCAUGUACAUGAUAUGGACAGUAGAAGUGAAGAUCAUGUUGCAGGCGAUGGAAUUAACGGAGGUGAAGCAGGUGAAACACGAUUGGCAACCGCAGAGCGAAGCCUUCUCAAGCAGCACAUCGUCGAGAUCACUCCCUGGCUAGCCUGCGAGUUGAGACGCUCGGUUCAGGAUUUGACGUGCGAAGAGCAUCUUUGUGUGUUGCAGGACCUGAUAAAACUGAGGGAACACCUUGAAGAACCUGAGAUCUUUUUGGACCUCAUGGGUCAGUUUGUCGGUAAC